AUGUACCGCCCGAGUGGGGUGGGAAUCAAAGUCGGUGAGUGCGAGUUUUGUCCCCGUGGGGUAUAUGGAGACAGCCCGGGACUGGGGACGUACAACGACAAGCUCGGGGCCAGGAGCAUCUUGGACUGUAAGCCGUGUCCUGCGGGCGUAUACGGGGCGAGUACAGGCCUCACAACCAGCCAGUGCUCGGGGCCGUGUCCAAACGGCAAGUACAGUAUGAUGGAAGGUUUGCAAUCCCUGAGCGACUGCAUCGACUGUCCGUCGUUCUACCGCGGUCCGCAGGGCUACCGGGGCAACGACGUCACUAUGGAGAACGGUGGCGGGUACCCGUGUGAUCGCUACCAGUACGGCAAGACAAUUCUCAACGGACGAGAUGCCAACAAUGACGCCUGGUUGAAAGGCUACCUCUCGGAAGUGCGGCGGCCGACAAACGCACAGGUUAAUGAUAACACUACACCAUGA